AAUAAAUGGCUGAAAAAAGGAAAUUGUUGAAUGAAAUUGAUAAGUGUUACAAAAAGAUUGAGGAAGGCUUUGAAAUUUUUGAUGAUAUAAUGGCCAAAAUGACAGAAGCAAAUAGUGAAAAUCAACGGGAAAAGUUUCAAGAUGACCUCAAAAAGGAAAUUAAAAAGCUCCAAAGGCUAAGAGACCAGAUCAAAGGAUGGCAAAAUUCCUCGGAAAUAAAGGAUAAAGAUUCUCUGUCUAAAUUUCGAAAGUUGAUAGAACAAAGGAUGGAAAUCUUCAAAGACGUUGAAAGGGAGAACAAAAUGAAACCUCAUAGCAAACAAGGUUUAACUGCUGAAGACAAACUUGACCCGAAAGAAAAAGAAAAAUGUGAUACAAUUGAGUGGCUGAAUUGUCAAAUUCGUAGAAUUCAAGAUGAAAUUGACAGGACUGAAUCUAAACUUGAAACUCUUUCAUCUUCUGCUGACACCGGAAAGAAAAGGGGUAAAAAAGAGGAUGCCAAAAAGAACGAAAAAGAGAAUUGCGAAGGCAUUUGGAUAGAGUAAAGUUUCAUCUUUUAA